CCUAAAGACGGGGUGUACCGUUGUAGCAUCGUAAGCAAACCACCGUCCUUCCUCGUCGCUGUCGAAGCCUCCUUCCAAAAUGCCAGCGAUCGUUCCCUCUCCUCUCCUUCAUCUCCUCUUCCUCCUCGUUAGCUUCUCUUCAGCAAUCUCGGACUCGGAGGUGGUGCUGGAGUCCGGCUACACUGUGUCCACCGUGCUAGACUGCAACAAACCCCUCGCCGUCGCCGGCCUCCCCUCUUCCGCCGCUGUCUACCCCUUCUCCCUCCUCCCCCGGCCCCAAUCUCGCGACCUCCUCCUCCUCGACUCCUCCGGGUCCGCCUUCUACUCCCUCGUCAUCCCCCUCUCUCAAGAGGGCGAGGUCAGGCUGUUUUCCGGCAAGGGUGUCCCGGGCUUUGCCGAUGGGGAUCCGCUGGCCGCGAUGUUCAAGAACCCCAGGAGUUUCGCGAUUGAUUCCAAGGAUAAUGUCUACGUGGCGGAUCGGAGCAAUCAUGCCAUUCGGAAGAUCAGCAGAUCAGGCAUGACCACCACAAUUGCUGGAGGUUACUCAGAGAAAACAGGGCAUAUUGAUGGGCCUGCUCAGAAUGCAUCCUUUUCAAAUGAUUUUGAGCUGGUGUAUGUUCCCAAAAUAUGUGCCUUGAUGAUUUCUGAUCGUGGAAAUAGGCUGAUUCGCCAGAUGGAUUUAAAACCAGAAGACUGUGCACAUGAAUCCCAAACAGGGCUCGGAGUGACAUCUGUAUCUGUGAUUGCAAUCUUUUGUGCACUCUUUGGCAUAGUUCUCGGGUUUAUAGCUCGCCCAUUUUUCACUCGCAAUACAGGAAGUCUCCAGCAGCCACUUUACCAGCAAGACGUGGAAGCAUUACCAAACCAAUCUGAGGAGACUAGCUCCGAUGACCUGCUCCGACGUCAAAAACGCAGUUGCUGACUCCAUACUCCCUGUUCUCUUGAUUAAACUUGUUAAUUUGAGUCUUUGCUAUCUGUCUACUGUAUUUCGUAAUAUUAUUCUAGGAAUUCGAGUUUGGUUUGGGGAAAGUGUUCCAUUGCUUGAAUCUGAUGUAAGGUGCCAUAGUGGUAUUACAAAGUCACCAGUUCUUGCUGAUCAGUUGGGGGAUAUGAUCAGUUUUGAUGGGGAUAUGGAUGUUUUGGAGGUAACUAAUUGCUCUAGGAAGGAAGAUGAGACGAAGGAUGCUUCAAAAUGGAGCCAUGGGAAAAUAGAAGACAUGAUGAGGGCCAACUUAACCGAUUUUGUUUGUAGAGCCAACCAAGGCCAGAUGGAGGAGCUCGCCGUCUGCAGUUCUUGUCUGGUUAGGAGGAGGCCUAGGGAACUUGAUGGGCUGUAACCGUGAACUCGAUAGCUUAUGUUUUUUGCUGUUCCAACUGUUGCCUAUGAGUGGUGAAGUUGUACUAAAAUAUGAAUUCUGCUGUGUACUUAUCUACAAGUUAACGAACUGUCGUGCUUUUUAUCACUAUACGUGUAGUACUGCACUAUUUGUGAUGUUAGCGACUUGGAAAUUUUAUUUUUAUUGUUCACAUUGUCGCCA